AUGGCUACAGCAGCCACAGACCACUAUCCCCAACAAGAUGGGGCGCCGUUUGAUAUCGACAAGUCAGCCGCAGUUGUCAGCAACGAUCCAGCUCAAAUUUACGAAGAGUAUCGCUUUCUUCGGAAGCAAUGUCCUGUCAUCCACACCAGUCAGUAUGGCGGAUACUGGCUACUCACCCGUUACGAGGAUGUGAAGAGAGCAGCCAUGGAUUCUGAAACCUACAUCUCGAGCGUCAAGGCGGUGGUUCCAAGUGAUCCUAGGGGCAUACGCCGACCACCUCUGAACUUUGAUGCGCCCGCUCAUACUCCUUUCCGGACCGCGCUGGAACGCACAGUCAAGCCGGCUCGAUUGAGACGCCUGAGAGAGCCGCUCCAAAAGCAUGCAGAGGCAGAACUCGCUCCGUUACUGCUCCGUGGUCGAGGAGAUAUCAGCGCUGAGUUUGCCGCCAACUUCGUUGCCCGCAUGGAGUCGGAAUGGCUGAACCUUGAACCAGACGUGGCGCCUAAGCUGGCCGUGACAGCAGCCAGUUGGCUCAACGCAUGGAGAAUGCAAGAUGGAGAAACCGUAACAGCAAACUCGAAGAAGAUGUAUGACAUUGCUCAGAAUCUCUUAGCGGAUCGUCGCGUUCAUCCCAGGGAUCCAGAGGAAGAUCCAGCGUCUUCGUUGCUGUUAGAAAAGGAUGCGCAGGGAAACCCACUAAGCGAAGAGCAUCUCAUCGGUUGCCUUCGCCAGUCCUUGGUUGUUGGCGUCGUCGCUCCUCCGAUUCUCAUCGGGUCAAUAUGUCUUCAUCUUUCGAAGGAUAAAGACUUGCAAAGGAAGCUCAGAGAAGAUGAAAGCCUGAUCCCCGCCGCCUUAGAAGAGUUCCUAAGACUCUACAGCCCGUACAGAGGGUUUGCGCGGACGACUUCGAAAGAUGUUCAACUACACGGCAAGACAAUACACCCCAAAGAACCAAUAACCUUGUGCUAUACGGCCGCCAAUCGUGAUCCGGAAGUCUUUGAAAAUCCCGACGAGUUUAUUCUCAAUAGGGAAAACGUCGCCGCACACAUGGGGUUCGGAAGAGGGAGGCACCGGUGUGCUGGAAUGCCCCUUGCGAGAUUGGCUCUCGACAUCGUUCUUCGCGUCAUUCUGCGAAGUACCAAAGACUUUGAGGUGGACGGCGAGCUGCAAUUCUCAAGAAUGCCAGAGCUAGGAAUUAUCAGUUGCCCGAUGAGCGGCGUCGAAUUAGUUCUCACUGCACUUCUCAGCCAGAUCUACGCAGCUCUUUCCAGGAACCGAACAUUGCGAAUGACAAGCCAGACAUUCUACGGUCUCAGCAUGCACUGGGCACAAUACUGCGGCAUGUAUGACGUUGUUCCAAGCCGACAACCAGUGCCCCAGCUUCAUGACCCAAUCGAAGUGAAGAUGCAGGCUUGGAGAUCAUGGGCGGCGAGAGAGACCCAGCUGAGAACACUGCUCGGCCUCUGCGUCAUCGACGGUGUGGUAUCACAGUUCAGCGGAAACCUCGUCAACACUUGGUCAGCAACUAAUUCUCUGCCACUGUCUGCCGACGAGGAAGCUUUCGCUGCUGAUACUGUCGACAACUGGAUCCACGUCAUGACUGUUCGCGAUAGGAACCACAGCCCGAGACCUGAGCGGUUCUCAGAUCUGCACCAGUUGCUGGCCUCCGAAGGGAGCCAGUCUAACCCGGUGUACUGCCUACCUGGGCUACUCAAUAUUCGAAUAGUCUUGGAGAUCCUGGCCUCACUCACCACCGACUUCGAACGCACGACGAGGGGCGCCGAGGCCGCUCAGAAGCUCGCCGCCGUGAAAGCCAUGGUCACUCUUCGUCGACACAUAUCACAAAGCACAGGCUUAACCGCGGCAGACAAGACCAUCGGUCUUCUGCGGUGGCAUGCCGUAUGUCUCGACCUCGUUGUGAGUACGGCGCGUGGAGCACGGAGAAUGUGCUACCACUACAACAUCACCCAACACAUAUUCGGUGGCAAGAAGCGAGAGGAACCUAGCCGCAUCGACCCAGACAAAUGGACGCGAGGUUUGCGCGCACGAAAGUGUCUGUUGCAUGCCCUCGAGAUCCAUAAGAUUGCGUCUGAAGUGCCGCUUGGGAUUAUUCACGAUACAUGUCUUCCCGGGGCUUUGUUCGCCGCUGCUACCACAUACAGCUCAUUCGCCCUACCGGGCGUGUCGAAGAUCAUCGUGCCCGCCUCUGUGGACUGGGGUACAGUAAUUCUGUGUGGGUUGGACGACGCUUCAGAAACAUCCAUCGCUCAGGCAUCGGAUCAAGCGACUGACACUCUGGCGUUCUUGAAUAACGUUGGUGAGGGGCGAACCACAGGUUUGUCUCAGCAUUGGGGCGUCACACAAGAGAUGGAGGAAGUUGUUGGGGCAUGGGAGGCGCGUUGUAUCUGA